AUGGCCCUGGCGCUGCGUCCGCGACACGCCGCAGCCGGCGUGGUGGGCGCAGUGCUGCUCAGGCACGCCGACCUGGUGUAUCAGACCUUCCUGCAGCAGGCCGGGCUCUGGCAGGGGGCGGGCCACGCAGGUGCUGAGGCGGCCGCCCAGGCCGCCUACUCCGCCGCGGACGCGGCCGGCCUGGCCGCCGCGGCGGCGGCAGCCGCUGGUGAGGCCCUGACCAACUGGAGUGGUCCGCCAGAGGGCGUGAGCUGCCCACAGGCGCCAGCCUGCACUUGCUCGUGCCCACAGUUGCCGGAGUGUCCACCCGAGGCGGACAAGGCCGUCUCUGCGCCUGUCGACGACGAGAUGGCGACCGAGCCCAGGCGCCGCCGAGCUCCCCUGCGGGAGUCGCGUCCGACGGCCUCGGCUCCCCCGGGCGUGCCGCGCUGGCAGGGCCUGGCCGCCCUGCUCCUGGAGACAGGGCACGCCGCCGUGGAGGAGGAGUUCUGCAAUGAGCUCCUCGUGGGGAGCUAUGUGGCCGUGUUCUACACGGAGGAUGACGUGUGGCAUGAGCGUCAAAUUUUGUUUCAGGUUGACGCUCAGCACUGGGUGGUGUACACCCCCGAUGGAGACAUGUACAUAGAAAACGUGAUUGCUGGGGAUCCCGACUCGGGUCCGUGCCGCGCGGCCAUCCUGCCGGCCGACGGCACCCUCCCGUUCUUCCUCAGAGGCAAGACCUACAGGUUCCGCGACUACCCGGACGAGCAGCGGCUCCUCGAGCUGAUCAAUGAGGGGCACCAACUCGCCGUGUCCGAGGGCGGGGAGGUCGUGGGCCCGACGGCGUACACCGACGCCAUGGGGCAGAGGCAGCCGUUGGAGUGGCACGAGGGCAUCUACCGGCGUGCGCGUGGGCGUCCGCUGCCGGCUCUGCCGCCGCCUCUUGAGCCCCCCGAGGGCGGCGACCUCCUCGUGGGAGGCACCCGCACUCCCGAGGUCCUCGACGCGGAUACGGAGCUGGUGAAUGACGGAGGCCGCUGGGUGUCCCUUGUCACGAUCGGUUCCGUGCGCCGUGGAGACCCGGUGGAGCUCGAGACGGGAGACAAGGUGAUGGGCGAGCUGGCGCUCCACCGUAUGCCAAAUGGUGAAGUGAUCGCCGCGUGCCGACCCGACUACCUGAGCAAAGUGGUGGAAGGAGGUGCGGCUGCCGACGGCGGUGACGCCCGAGUGCUCGCCCCCGUCUCCUACGAUCCAGGCGGGCGUCGCUGGUGUGACUUUGCAAAUGCCGUCAGCAAGAUGAGCACAGAGCCGAUGGAGGACUUCCCCCUUGAGGGCGAGAGGUCGGCGCUGUGGCUCUUCAAGUACGUCCGUGACCACGGCGGCACGUUCGACGCCCGCCAGACCAAGUGGGCCACGGAGCAGAAGAUCGCCAUCGACUCCACCGCCUAUCUCAUCCACGACCUCGUGGGUCUGGCGUUGGAUCUCUCGGUGUGCUAUGACCAGUGCGAUGGCGGCAACCUGGCCAGUGUUGAGGUGCUGGCGCGGUUGUACCAGCUGGUGGAGGAGACCAGCGGGACCCUGCAGCUGGAGGGCCUGGAGCACUGCGUUGGGCGUGACCCCACAGGCGGCCUGCGCCGCGGGGUCGCGCUCAACCCUGGGCUUGCACACUAUGCGACCGACAAAAAGAGCAAGGAGACGGAGGUGAUGAAGCAGCGCCGCAAGGCUCGAGAGGAGUCCGCGGCGGCCAAGAAGGUCUCCAAGGGUGGCGGCAAGAAGGAUCAGGAGUGUUACACUGGUGGCUGCACUGCGCUGUCGCGGGGCACGGAGCAACGUGUUCGGCGACGGCUCAAGGUCCAAGAGAGGACCGCCGAGACGAUUCGAGCCAUCAAUCGCCUGGCAGGUUUUGACACGCCCGAGGUGGAGUCCGUCGGGGAGCUGACCGGCCCCUCCGCCCUGGUCUACAGUGACGUGCGGGCGCUUCACGCGGCUCAUGCCCCCGAGCCGGUGAAUUCGAACAGUCCGCAGGAAGCCUUUCAUGAGCUUCUCGGGAGCACGCCCUCGUCGUACUUGGAUGGCGAUGAGGUCUCACCAGUUCGGCCCUACUCGCGCGAGUCGGUGAGCUGGCCCAAGAGGGGCAACCGCCCGGUCCCGCUGCCGACGAACGCGCCACCGGACCUGCUCCGGUACAUGACAGAGGGCCAGCGAGAUGUGUGGCUGCGGCAGCCGCAGGAGGUGGCGCAGGUACGGCAGGUCGAGGGCCUGCCGACAUUGUACGGCGACACAGUUUUGAAGGAGAAUCGCGACGCCUACAUCGGCUUCGUGAAGGAUGGCCUUGCUCGGGGGAUCUUCCGCCUGAGCCGCCGUCGGAAGGAAGCCGUCAAGGUCUUCUUUGUGAAGAAGAAGGACUCUAGCAUUCGGAUCGUGAUCGAUUGCAGACGGAGUAACCAACACUUUCGAGCCGCGCCGAAGGUCCACCUCUUCUCGGGCAGCAGCUUCGGGGAGGUCGAGGUCUCGGCGCACCAACAGAUGUGGUACGCAGGGGGUGACGUUCAGAACGCCUUUUACCAGCACCAAUUGCCGUGCUGGCUGCAGCCCUACUUCGGCCUCGACCACGUGCGGGCCUCGGAGCUGGGCGUUGCCGAGCUGGACGGCCAGGCCGUGCGGGGCGACCAGGUCCUGUACCCCCUGAUGAACGUGGUUCCGAUGGGGUGGAAGUGGGCCCUCUUCAUGGUGCAGCGGAUCCACGAGCAUGUUCUCGAUGGAGUUCCCGAGCUGGGGCCGCGGCGCCGAGCGGUCGACUUUCGACCUCCACCUCGAGUCGAGGACGGGGCGGUGCACACUGUGUAUGUGGAUAACGUGCUGAUCGAGGGGUUCGACCAAGCGGAGGUGACACGACUCCGAGAGGCUGCCUGCGUCGCGCUGCAGCAGGCGGGCUACGCCACUCAUGACGAGUCCGACGCAGCGGCGAGCAUGGAGAUGCUGGGCGUCGAGCAGACCGGUUGUCCAGGGCGUGUGCAGGUGUCUGCGAAGCGCUACUGGCGGUUGUGGCAGGCGCUGGAGUGGAUCCGGCGCAGGCAGCCUCCUCUGAGCAGUCGCCAGCUUGAGCGACUGAUUGGCCAUUUCACUUUUGUGGCUCUCAUUCGCCGAGAGCUGCUUAGCACGUUGCGCGCCAGCUACGAUUUUUCCAGGGGUGAAUUUACCAAGCCCCGGAGCCUGUGGAAAAGUGUCCUCCAGGAGCUCAGAACCAUCCAGGGCCUUUUAAUCUUUGCGUCCAGGGACUUGGAUCCUCACUGGUCCUCGGAUGUGUUGGCCUACGAUGCGUGUGAGUCUGGGCAUGCCACGGUGAGGGGGGCCUGGACGGUGGGGGGUGUACAGCAGGUGGGGAAGUGGCACGAGCGCUGGAGGUCGGGCUAUCCACUGACGGACAAGCGGCAGAAGACCGAGCCAGACGUGGAGAGCCUCCGUCGUGCCAACCAGCCUCCUCCUGGGCAUCCCAUCCUGGGCUUGCUGGAGGCCAAGAGUGCGAGCCUCGACAAGGAGCGGCAGCUUCGGGAGCGUCGUGCUGCACGUCGGCAGGACGUUCACGGGCCGCUCCGGGACACGACGAGGGGACCAGGCAUCACCGAGGAGGCCUCGCUGACGCAGAAGACACGAGAUCAGUAUCAACGACUACUUCACGAUUUUCAGGAGCGGCAGCAGAUGCAGGACUUGAGUGUGGUGACCGCCAUCGCGAUAGGGCUCCUCCGGGUCAACGGCCUGUUGAUGGCACUCUGCUGGCUUCUCAUGGUCGACACAUGCAUGCGGCCGGGCGAGUGCCUCGACCUCCAGACCAGCCAGAUCCUACGAGGGAAUACACAACAACACAUGAAACAAACUGCGAUUCUCUUGCAUCCCGCCGAGAAGGGGAUGCCCAGCAAGGUCGGGGCCGUAGACGAAAGUCUGAUCAUCAACCGGGCCUGGCUCUCCGAUGCCCUGACCAAGUACGCAGCGAGUCGGCCCCAGCGGGGGCCCCUGUGGGACUUCACACUCAAGGAGUUGAACGCCAGCUUCCUCACCGCCUGCAUCCCCGCGGGCAUCAGCAGCCUGAAGCCGGUCCUCUACAUGGGCCGGCACUCGGGCGCCAGCCUGGACAGGCUGACCAACAGGCUGGACCUCGCCGAGGUGCAACGUCGAGGGCGCUGGCGGACGGGAGCGUCGGUGCGCCGCUACGAGAAGCGGGCGCUCGUGCAGGAAGUCUACAAUGGGCUCGACCAGGAGUCCAAGGCCUACUGCAACAGGAGCGCCAGCGAGCUGGAGCAUCAGAGGCGUGGGUUCUUCAUGAUCGAGGUGUUCAGUGGCUGCGGGGCUUUCUCCAAGGCCGCUAGGCCAAUGAUCAGAAGUCGUGAAUUCAUCGAGGGCCUUCCGACGAACACUCCGUCGGAGCAGGCCCAGAUCGCAGCAGGUACUUUUUUCAUGCAGCUGACGGCCCAGCUCUGCAAGUUCGCUGUGAAGCGCUUGAGGACGCGCCCCGAGCCGAGCGCGGGCGGCCCGAGGCAGCAGCAGCACCGCGAGGUGCUGCUGGGGGCAUCUCCUCGCGUGGACGCCGAGGGACAGCUCCAGGGCGCGCUGUACGUUGGGCAGGAGACCACGGCGCUCGGCCGUAGCUUGGCGCAGGCGGAGCUGGCCGCGCAGGACCUGGCGCAGCUCAUAGGCGCUGUCAACGCGCCGCUCAUCUCCGUCGACGUGGGGAACAGGAUCGUCGAGUUCAACAAGAAGGCUGAGGUGCUGACUGGCUACAGCAGGGACGAGGCGAUGGGGGAGAAGUUCGCGGAUUUCUUGGCGACAGAAGAACAGGCGGAUUCGGUUCGGGCAAUGCUAGGGCAGGGACUGCUGGGCCAGGAGAUUACAAAUUUCGAGUUCACUGUCAUCACCAAGAGCGGCCAGACACGCGAACUUCUCUGGAGCACCGUGGCGCAGACUGGCGACGACGACGCCGUGGUGGGCGUCGUUGGCAUCGGCCAGGACAUCACGGAGCUGCGCUCGGAGUCCAAGAUGCUGGCCAACUAUGUCCGGAUCUGCGGCGCCGCGGUCUGGUCGCUGCGGGGCAACGCGAAGACUGGGGCGGUGACAGACAGGAAGACCCAGGAGAUAGAGCAUUUGAUCUCGGAGCAGGCAGAGAUUCCUCUGGCGGACCCGAGGAUGGUACUCUGGCGGGCUUCCUUUAUUUCGAUACUGAAGACAAUGUGUCAGAGUUACUGGUCGCGCAGAGAGGAGGAGAAGGAAAAAGGACACAAAGUUCUUAGCAGUAGUUCCACUUUCAAAACAGACUUCGCGUACGAAUUCUCCUUCGAGGCGCCGAACGGCGGUGUGAAGUGGUACAGAGUCCAGGGCCACCUCGCGCAGGAGUUGGUGAGGGGCAGCCAGUUCGAGAUCUCUGGCUCCAUGCAGGAGGUUACGACCAUGCUCAUCGAUAAGGUGGAAGGCCAGCGGUGGCAGAAGUGGUGGAACCGCAUGUGUCACAUGGUUUUCGAUGCGACCCUGCUGGUCGACACGCAGGAGUACCGAGUGCUCAAUGCGUGGGGUGAGGAGAAGGUCUUCGGAUGCCAACUGCAGAACCACCACCCACUCCUGCAGAUCAUCAGACCAGACGACGUCGUCUCUCUGAAGGAGGCGUUCAACGAGGUGACCUUCAAGGGCUUCGAGCGCGGCCGCAUCCUGCACCUGCGGCGGCCUGGCUCCAGCCAGGACAUGGCCUCCCAGUGCUUCCUGCUCUCCGCGGACCAGGAGAACCCGAACGAGUGCAUGAUGGGCAUCCGGAUGCAGGCCGCGGACCGGGGCUCGGACCACGGCGUCAGCGUGUUGUGGGACGUGGCGAAGCCGCACCCCGUGCUGACACUGGAGGACCUGGCCCGCCUCAAGUCCGGCCUCAAGCGGUCGCACCGGCGCCCGGCCGUGGUCCGGCGGCAGAGCUCGCAGCGGAUGCCGGGCGAGGUGCUCUCGUCGUCCAAGUCGCUCACGAGCAUCCCAGAGGACCACAACGGCGAGUUCGAGGACGACUCGGAGGCGGUCGACUCGGAGGCCAACGCUGAGAUGGACGACUCCGAGGCGGCCGCAGACUCCGAGGCGGAGGACGGGAGGAGCUCCAAGAGCAGCACCAGCAACCGCUCCAAGAGCAGCACCAGCUCCAAGAGCUCCGACCGCACCGGCAGCCUCGCGGGCCUGUGCAACAGCAGCCCCGCCCGCUCCGUCAGCGAGGAGGUGCACCUGUCCCGGCGCGAGCUGCUGGAGGCUGAGGGGGGCCUGCUGGCCGGCAGCUCGUUCGGGGCCUCGCCGAAGGCGAGGGUGCGCGCCCGGCCAGCCGCCAAGAAGCCCCGCCCGUCCGAGGAGCCUCCCAUCGUCAACCUCAAGUGGGCCAAGCAGUGCUUCGAGAUCAACUUGAACAAUUUCGCGUCGGUCAGUGCGCUGAGGGCCUGCAUCCACAAGCUGACGGGUGUGCCCCCGAUACGCCAGACGCUGAUCCUAGCGGGACAGCGGAUGCCCAUGGGCGACCAGGAGGUCGACCCGCGGAAACCGAAUUGGAUGAAGUUGAGGGCGACGGUGAAGCGGGGCCAGACCCUGAUGAUGCUGGGCACCGUCCCGCACGACGCGGAUGGCGAGGAGGCGGAGGGGGCCGACGGCAUUGCCGGGACCGGCAGCCUCUCGCCGUCACCGCCCGCCGCAGCCAGCGGCGGCGCGAGCGGCAGCCUGUCGCCGUCGCCGCCGGGCGCGGUGAGCCCGGGGUAG